AGUUGAAAAAGAGGUGCAAACUUUGAGCGUUCUUGAGCUUCAAGAUACGCAUUCAUUAUUAUUUGUAGAAAAUUCAAGAAAUAAUGUCGAAGAACAGAGCUCAGUAUGAUCCAGAUGCUCCUGUUGGUCUUAUGCCGCUUAUUCAAGCACUGAUCAAGCCGCCGGAUUCGACAGAACCUAAGCCAGUAUGUAAGAAACCUAAUCAUCCGUACUACAAAAAGCCAGGGCGUGGACACAACAAUGACACAUGUGACGCUUGCGGAGAGGGAGGUGAUCUGAUUUGUUGUGAUCGGUGUCCAUCGAGUUUUCACCUUGGAUGCCACGAUCCUCCAUUACAAGAGACCGAUAUACCGAAUGGAUUGUGGAUUUGCCAUACUUGCAAAAUGACAGAAGCAAGUCCGUUGCUAAAGGCAGCAGAUUUGAAAUUGACUAAAUUUGAAUUACAACCAGAGCUUCGAGAGGAAACGGUAGCGGCCGAAGGUUCACAAAUAGUUAAAAUCAAAAAGAUGCGCAAUAGAAGCAAUUCUCGGAAGAAUUCAGCAUCCAGCAUUGGUACUGAAAAGUUGGCAACACCGAGAGAUGAAUCGUUAGAUGGCGUCACUCGCUUAAAAGAGCCGGAAGAUUGUUCACAGCUGACACCUUUUGAUCAGUUAAUUCGCGCAGCUCGUAUCCUGAACCCUCGUCAGUUUGAGCUGCCCCGUGAGAUGAAUGUACACUUUCCAUUUCCUGGCACCGAAAAGCAGGAUUCAGCACAUAAAAAUGGAAACGGAAGAAGAGGUCACAGAGGACGGAAGAUCUACGAACUAGAUGGCCAAGGCUUAGUUCCUCUUCCGGCAAAGACUUGUCAUGCUUGUGGUAAAUCAUGUCGCAAGGCGCCGUUGAUCGCUUGCGAUUAUUGCGAUUUAUUCUUUCACCAGGAUUGUCUUGAUCCUCCCUUGACGGCACUUCCGACAUCGAUGUGGAUGUGUCCGAAUCACGUUGAGCAGUUUAUCGAUUGGAAGUUGGUAAAUUCUGUAUCGGCAACAGAGCGUAUUAAAUUAUGGAACCAAUUUAAUGCAAAUAUGGAUCAGGAUACUGUUAAAAACGAAUUCUUUCGCAAGGUUCAUCGCCGUAAUCCACCCUUUCGUGUAAGGCAGAAGCCAAAAAUGCGAGAUCGAGUAGAGGUUCCACCGGUGGUUGAGUUUCACUACCAAAAUCCUCCCAAUUUGCUACCCUCAUUGCGGGAAUUGUUGCGCGCCAAAAAAUAUGAUCGUUUUGUAGAUACAGCCAAGCCGAUUUACGACGACUCCGAGUUGCUAUCGAUGAUCGAUUCUGAACUGAAAGCGAUCAGCACUGCAGAUGAACAAAUAGAAAAAAUGAUAAAUGUGCCUGGAGGCACAGAUCCAGAGGAACGUGAACAGGCAGCUGAGGAGGGCGCACCAACAAAAGCCAAAUCAAGUUCGAGAGGAAAGAAACACAAGUCCUCUACGAAGAAAGAUGUAACAUCAAAGGCUGGCAAAGCGGGGGAAGCUGGUUCGUCCAUUGUUGAAAAAGUAGAAGCCGACAAAAUAGAAAGUGAAUCACCUUGUAAGAAGCCAAAAGUCGAGGUCACUGAUGAAUUGAAUGAGGAAACGUUGCAGCUUCAUAAGAUUAACGAGGAGCUACUAUGUUUGGAUGAUUCUUUGAUCAAAAUACUUGCUUACCAACGGUUGCAACAAAUACUGGCUCAAAGCAGCGAAGUGUUACAAAAACCAUCAUCCGAAUUUUCGGCAAGGACUAUCCGCGAAUUAAUGAAAUCAGAGAAACCGGCAAAGUCAACUCCUCUGCCUAGUCAGUUGUUGACAAAAGAUGAUAUUGAGCGUAUAGCAAGAGAAUUUACGAGUCCAAGAAGAGACUACAACGCAGCAGAGACCGUCAAUGCUGCUGGAGUUGUUUCCCCGACCAAGGUAGAGCCAAAGGAAGAGAAGAAAUCGCAGAAGGAACCGGAAACAAACGAACAGAAAAUAUUCCUGAUGGCUCAAAAUCUGGAAAAACACGUUAAUAACAUCGAUAUUCGUGUCCGCGCUGUAGUAACUCCAGUGGAUGUCAAUUUACCUGGCUGCAGCUGGUUUGAAACGCUGGAUCUGUCACGUUCCGUCUUCAUGCGAUAUCGCUCCCUGUCGAUUGGAAGCGGACCAGGCAACGAUCUACAACUUUCGAAGUUUGGUUCCUGCCGAUUUGUUUCAGAUAAACACGCUACUAUAUUCUAUGACGAGGUAACAAAAAUGUUCGAGUUAUUAAACUAUUCAGAAUUUGGAACCGUAGUAAACGGUCAACUGUUCACGUGUGACUUUACUGACCACUCGCUUGAUGUAAAGCCUGAACCUGAUAGUGGCCAUCAUUCUUCGAAAAAAUCGAAGAAAGAUGAACAUGACGAUAUCAACAAGGACAAAAGGAUGGACAAACAAAAAAUCCGCCAGGAUAUUAUAAAUCUGAUUGACAUGUCGCGGCAGUGCAAACGAAGAAAUUACGAUUUUCUCUCAUCCACAAGCAUGGCAGAUAUAUCGCAGACUGGGUGCGAUUGCACCAAUCCAAAUCCGAAAAUUUCAGGAUGGGAGGGCACAGCCAUUCUUUACCAAGGAGCUGUUUUAAAGUUUGGAUGCUUAUCAGUUGUUUUCACCAUCACUAACUAUGAUAACAAUACAGAAGAAUUUGACGACACAGACGGAUCGUCAGAGGACGAUGAAGGAGAAGAAAAAUAGAAAUAAGAUUAUCUCACAUGUUUUUUUUUGUAUUCAACAACAUAUUUAGUAUCUAGUUCUAAUGUAUUUUUGUAUAUUGUUAACAGUAAUAACUUUGAGCGUUUCCUAACGUUGCUUCUCAUCCCAUUUAAUAACAUUAUCUUCGUAUUAGAUAUUUUUUUGUACUUUAUUAAUAAUACUGUUUUAAUUGCAUUUUUUUUAAAGUGCAAAUAAAUAGAGGAUGUUUUCGCAGAUGAACAAAGUUAGGUGACGUAUUUUUGGCUUUUUGCGGUUAAGUGA